UGUUACACCGUGUUUUUUUGUGGUUCCUUUGCGAAUAUUGAAUGCUGAAGACCAAAAUGGAAAGGUUAGGGAAAUCUUUCUGCAAGCUUUGCCUCAGUGUUAUAAGUGACGGAAAUUUUAGGGUAAUAAAAGAAAUUAUCAGAGAUAUUUUGAACUUUCUGCUACCUGGGCUGAUCGAGCAAGAAAAGAACGAAUCUCUAAUAUGCAACGCCUGUUUCAUGAGGCUGUUUGCCGCAUUUAAUUUCAAGACGAACUGUUUGGAUAUCGAAGACUGUAUUUUUCCUUACGUUGACUCUGAAAGGGGAUUACCUGUUGACUUAGGAGAAAUUUAUCUAAAGGAAACAGGCAAAGAACAUUUAAAAGUUAUAUUAGAAGACGAGAGGAUCUGUCGAUUGUGUAUGCAGGUAGUUGCCUCUGGGUUUACGUCAGUAAAUGAUGUGGAUGCCGACAUGCUCUGUGGGUAUAUUCCGGAAGUAAAUUUCAGUUUCACCAAAGAACCAGCCAUAUGCGAAGUUUGUCUCGAUUCACUGAUUACCCACACGAGUUUCUUAAAGAACUGUUUGGAUGUGGAACAGAAAAUCAAAAUUAUUUGCGACAACAAAAUCGUAGAAAGUCCUACCUAUAUUAAACAGGAAGACGCUGAAAUAAAAUAUGAAGGAAAUUAUACCCACACGAGUUGCUUACAGAACUGUUUGGAAUCGAAGGAGGAAGUUUGUAACGAUAAAACCGUAGAAAGUCUGCCUUUAAUUAAAUCUGAAGAAGUAGAAAUAAAAUCUGAAGAAUAUUACAACACAACUGAUUUCCGAUAUGGAUGUGCAGCAACAAGUACUACGCUUGGACAAUACGGAUCAGAACACACUGUAUAUAAAUGUGAUUCGUGCAGUUAUGAAUCCUUUCAAAAGGGCUAUGUUACGCAACAUCAACUAAGACAUAAACACAUCCCCGAAGAGCAGAUGUUGAAAUGCGAUUCCUGCGAUUUCAAAACCGGACAUAAGUAUUACCUCAAACGUCACCAAUUAAAGCACAAGAACAUCCCCGAGGAACAGUUGUAUAAAUGUGAUUCGUGCGAUUAUAAAACCGUUCAUAAGUAUUACCUUACGCAACAUCAACAAAAACACAAAGACAUUUCCGAAGGACAGAUGUUGACGUGCGACUUGUGCGAUUAUAAAACCAAUCAAAAGAGAUAUUUGGCGCGACAUCGGGUGAGGCACGAAAACACCCCCAAAGAGCAGGUGUUCAAAUGCGAUCUAUGUGAUUAUAAAACCCACCAAAAGAGGUGUCUUCUACAACACCAGCUGAGGCACGAAAACAUCCCAGAAGAGCAGAUGUUGAAGUGCGAUUCGUGCGAAUAUAGAACCGGUCGAAAGACUUAUCUUAAACGCCAUCAACAAAUACACAAAGACAUCCCGGAAGAGCAGAUGUUCAAAUGUAAUUUGUGUGGCUAUAAAACCGGUCAGAAAAGGCUUCUUGUGCUUCAUCAUUUAAGACACACGAAUAUCCCUAAGGAGCAGACGUUUAAAUGUGAUUCAUGCGAUUAUAAAACCCGUAGAAAGAGGCUUCUUAAGCGUCACGAACUGAGACACAAAGACAUCCCCGAAGAGCAGAUGUCGAAAUGCGAUUCGUGCGAUUACAAAACCGUUUAUAAGCACAACCUCACACUACAUAAGUUAAGGCACAAGGACAUCCCCGAGGAGCAGAUGUAUAAGUGUGAUUCGUGUGAUUUCAAAACCAUUUAUAAAGAUUACCUUCGCCGACACCACCUUAGACACAAAGGCAUCCCCAAGGAACAGAUGUGGAAAUGUAAUUUUUGUGAUUUUAAAACCGUCUAUAAGCACAACCUCGCACAACAUCAACUAAGACACAGAGACAUCCCUGAAGACGAAAUGUUAAAAAUUUUGCUGUUAUAAAAACUCCAAUUAUUUACUUGUUUGUUUAUUUAUUUCUCAAAACAAACCUAAUCCAAAACCACCUGGAAAAAUAAAAAGAGGUAUAUACUUUUUCAAUUAAUUUAAAGAAAUAUUUGUCUAAUAAUUUAUGGCAAAUUUGUUUAAGGUUUUAGAUGGAAAUAUGUGCAUCCGUUAAUGGAGAUAAUACUUUAAUUAACUUUAAUAAUAUAUAUACAGGCAUGUGAUGACCAUAAAACUAUAUAAUUUAAUAAAGUUAGUUGGUUUUCAGCGCACAGUUUUUUUUUUAUAGUAUUUUAUACGA